CAGUAUUUCAUAGGGGGCAGCUGCCUCCCUUACUCCUACCUCCCUCCGCCACUGCAUGGGAGGACGUAUUUUACGAGUUACGGCUUACCCUUUUGACAGCAAUCGCCUUGAGCAUUUCUUGGCUCCUACCAAAGAACAAGACAAAUACCUACAGCGCACGUUGCAUGUUACAGGAUUUGGUACGUGGGGUUUUCCCUCGAUCCGGUUGCUUUGUUUUCGGGGACGGGUGUUGUGUUGUUUAUCUCCAUGGAGAUGCUAUUGGAAAGGCUCUGAAACUUAGCGGAGGUUCUGUGGGAGGCUUUAAAAUUGUAGUUCAUGAGGUCCUCCCAAUAAAAAAGGUGGGCGGCGGUGGCGUAUCUAACGCACGUGGGUUGGCUAUGGCUGAGAAAGAUGAAGCAGCUAGGUUGGCUAUGGCUGAGAAAGAUAAAGCAAUUCUAUGUGAGGGCAAUCAGAAGACGAUCAUGACUACGGACUAGAAACCUCUCUCUCUCUCUCUCUCAAAUGCUGUCUCGUGUUAUUUACUUGUCUUGCAAUGCCGCCACCUUCUUUUCUCUUUUCUGGAUGUUGAAUGUUAUGUUUUGUCUGGAUUUUGAAUA